AAACAAAAAAAAAAAAAAUGUCCGAAAAAAACAAUUUAAAUGAAAAUAUGUUAAGUGAAAAAGAAAAAGCCCUUGCCGGACUUCCAUAUUCAGGAUUUUCCGAAGAAUUAAUUAAUGAUCGGUUUAAAGCUAGAGAAAUACUUUAUAAAUUUAAUAAUUCUAAACCAAUUCGUUUUAAAACUGAUGAAUAUCUUGAAAUUGGAGAUCGUGUUCUAUUUGGACCAAAUGUUUCACUUUACCCCGUAUCUCAUCCUAUACAACCUGAAGAAAGAGUAAAUGGUCCUGAACUUGCGUUCCCCAUAAAGAUUGGAAAUGACUGGAAAAAAACCCUAUUAUUCCCAACUCCCCAUGAAAUACUAAAUAAUAAUGAUUAUUUUCGUUAUUAA